AUGGGGUUGACCUGGCUUUCUGUGUCCGAGCACAAGCUGUCAAUCAGACCAUCUGACAUGGCCACACUCUAUCUUCUUGCUAGCUCUUGCUACAAUUCUUUGGAUGUGCUCUUUGCCGCCUCGACUGCGGUCAGCUGGAGCUUCAGUGGUAUCACAUGGCUGCCUGUCUCGGAGCUUGCAGCGAGAUUGGCUCUGCUCGUGUUGGAAAGCCUCCAGAAAACUGGCUCCAUGGGCCACGACGGUGUCAGUGGCAUGGCCCCAGAGGAGACCGUGGGCCUGCUCAAUGCUACCUUCUUCUGGUGGAUAAACCGUAUUAUAUUGAAAGGAAGCCAUCGCAUGCUGCGCUUGGAUGAUAUCCCACCUUUAGAUGCCGCGCUGAAGCCAGAGACGCUCAGGGCUGCUGUGCUACGCGCCUGGGAUCGUCGAGACAAGCCGGAGAACAAAAUGACCUUGCCAAAGGUCCUGGUGCGCUCACUCCUCAAACCGUUUCUCUCGGUCAUUGCACCCAGGCUUUUCGCGACAGCCUUUCGGUGUAGUCAACCGCUGCUCAUUUGCGAGACGAUUCGUUUCAUCUCGCAAACCCAGGUUGAGUCGGGCGCCAAUUGCGCCAAAUAUUGGCUUGUCUUAGCCGCCGUCCUAGUUUACGUGGGAUUGGCGAUCUCUUCUGCGAUUCACAGGCACCGCCUCAACAGGCUAGAGGUAAUGGUACGCGCCUCGCUUGCCGCUCUCAUAUACAACAAGGCUACCGAACUGGACUCAAAAGCCUCUAACGCCGGUCGUGCUGUCACCUUGAUGAGCACUGAUGUCGACGGUAUCGUCGACGCCGGAGAAAUGUUCCACGAAACGUGGAUGCAGCUCGUCGAACUGACUGUGGGCGUCAUCAUUCUUGCAAGUCAAGUGAAAUGGCUGUCACCUUUGCCAUUUGCCAUCAUGUUCGCUUGCUCGAGGGUCAGCCGAUAUCUUGCCCAGAAUAUUCGUCCCAGACAAAAGGCAUGGAACAUGGCAACACAGGAUCGCAUGUCCGCCCUGAGCUCGGUGUUGAGUUCCAUGAAGGGACUCAAAAGCCUAGGUCUGACUGACAGGAUGAUUGAACAUGUUCGAAGUCUUCGAGAGCGUGAGAUUCAGGCCUCCAAGCAGGUGAGGUGGAUGAGAGUCGUCUACAACUCGAGCGCUAAUGCACUCGGCAUAUUUGCCCCUGUUCUUACUAUUGUGCUCUAUGCAAUCAUCGCAGAAGCCCAAGGCGGCAGACUCGAUGAGGAGACGGCGUUCACAACCAUGGCGACAUUGUCCAUCGUCACGCAUCCCGCAAACAUGAUUAUGACGAUCAUUCCACAAGCCGUCGCUUCCAUGGCCAGCUUUGAGAGAAUCCAAGAGUACCUGCUUGAGGAACCCUUUGCCGAUCAGCGACGAGUAAUCAAGUCACCAGCAGUUGAUGAUCGAGCAACAGACGAGGAACAAGGUGUCGGGUUAACCAACGUCACUAUACACAAGCCCGGCUCGGCUAUCCCGAUACUGGAUGAUGUAUCGUUGGCCAUGAAGAAGGGCACGCUUACGAUUUGCUCGGGGCCCGUCGGAAGUGGUAAAACUGCGCUAGCAAGAGCUAUCCUGGGCGAAUUGAGGCCGGCUUCAGGGGAAAUCACGCUUUGUUCUGAACGCAUCGGCUACUGCGACCAGAACCCCUGGCUGCCGCCCGGAACCAUCAAACAGAUAAUUUGUUCCUUCGCCGAGGACGUUGACGAUCGAAGAUACCAGGAGGUCGUCAGUGCAUGCUGCUUAGCACAAGAUCUUGCCAGCCUGCCGCAACGAGGCGAGACAAGUUUUGGCAAUCAAGGCAUCAACCUGUCCGGCGGACAGCGACAGCGCUUGGCUCUGGCACGACUGCUGUACUCUCGCCCUGAACUUGCUAUCUUAGACGACCCAUUUACUGCCCUGGAUGGCACCACAGAAACUCAUAUCGUGGAGACCCUGCUUGCGACGAAUGGAUGGUUCAGGAAGCAAGGGACCACUGUGUUGCUAGUCACGAACUCAGCCCAGCACUACCACCUUGCGGAUCAGAUAGCUCUCCUUGACGAAGGCCAGAUCAAGUCUAUUGGCUCCUGGCAAGACUUUCAAGGCCAGCUAACAGAAAUUCGCAAAUUCACGUUUGAUGGUAACGAUACGGAGAAGGCCCAUGUUGUUCACGGCGAAUCUCCUCAAGAACAAGCAAAGGCCCUCAGAAACCGCGAUGCGCAGCAAGACUUGCAUCGAAAGACGGGCGAUUUUUCACUAUACGCCCCUACAUACUGGCUCAAAUGGUGGACGGGGAGUGAGCGGGGUCAGCUUCCAUACUAUGCAAGCAGCUAUGUUCUCCUCGCCGUCGUGGCAUGGGCCGCUACAAGCGGGACCAUGUGGGCCAUGUCCAUGCAACUAGCGAUACUUUCGGGACGAAUCAUGCAUCAGUCACUACUCACGGCAGUACUUGGAGCUCCGUUGUCAUACUUUUCCUCCACCGAGAUUGGAGUUACGAUUAACCGGUUCAGCCAGGACAUCACUCUGGUAGACAGGCAUCUGCCAUACUCGUUUAUGACUCUAUGCAACCAGGUCUUCAAACUGGCGACGCAAAUACUGGUUCUACUCAAGAGGUACUAUCUUCGGACAUCACGCCAGCUUCGGGUCAUGGAACUUGAAUCGCAGGCUGCACUCUUCUCGUCAUUUCUGGAGACGGUCUCCGGAUUGGUAUCUAUUCGGGCCUUCGGAUGGCAGUCGUUGUUCCAAGCCAGGAACUCGCAGAGCUUGGACGAAUCACUUCGGCCUCUCUAUCUUUUGUUCUGCUUGCAAAGAUGGCUCAGGCUUGUCCUAGAUCUGAUCAUGAGCACCAUUGCCGUUAGCAUUAUUGGUCUUGCUGCUCGACGAUCCGGUGCGAUGUCUAGCGCGGAUGCAGGCGUCGCCCUCAAUUUGAUCCUUGUUGCGAACAGUACACUCAUCUCACUGGUACACUCGUGGGCCGGGCUAGAGAUGUCUCUUGGCGCGGUGGCACGUAUUCGAGAGACCGACCUUCAUGCUCCUCGAGAGGACAUGCCCGGCGAGGACAUGGUGCCAGAUGCGGCAUGGCCAAGGAAGGGCGAUAUUUCUCUGAAUAAUGUCACAGCCUACCACGGCUCGGACCACGCCGUUGUGCGAGGCGUGAACCUUCACAUUCAUAGCGGCCAGAAGGUCGUGAUAUGCGGUCGAACAGGAAGUGGCAAGAGCACACUUUUGAUGGCAUUGCUGCGCCUGACGGGGUACACCGGCUCCAUUGCUGUCGACGGCCUCGACAUUUCGCUCAUACCGCGGUCUGUCCUUCGUCAGCGAUGCUUCAUCACAAUUCCUCAGGACCCUUUCAUGAUUCCGGAAGCGUCGCUGGCGUUCAAUCUUGACCCGUCUUCCUUGGCCAACGAAGAAGUCUUGCGCAGGGCUCUGGUCAAAGUGUGUUUGUGGCAGCACUUGUCAGCAGACAGCGGUGACAGCGAAAUCGAUCCUCUGGACAAUAAGCUGUCCGCGCUUCCGGCUCUGUCAGUCGGUCAAUUGCAGCUCCUGGCAAUGGCCCGCGCAAUCGUCCAGAAGGAAGGCCCUCGCGCGGGUGGCUUUUUCGUCGACAUCGAGGGCAUGCAUGGAGCCAAGCCGAUUGUCCUCCUCGACGAAGCGACGUCUUCGUUGGAUCCUGCCACGGAGGCGGCCAUCUACGACCUGAUCGAAAGCGAGUUUGUGGAGGCUGGGCACACUGUCAUUAUUGUUGCACACCGGAUGAGUGCACUUUCGGGCAGAGUGAGACCCGGCAAGGACGUCGUUGUAUUUCUUGACAGCGGACAUGUUGCUCAGGUUGGAAGCUACGACGACUUGGCGGAAUAUAUUACCGCGAUGGAAGAGGUAUCGAGGAGAUAG